AUGGCGGAGCGGGCCGGGAGGUGCUGCCGGGUCGGGCUGAGCUGCGGAGCUCUCCUUUCCCAGGCCGUGCUGUCCCGGGCCGCCCCGCCGGGUUGGGGACGAGCCGCUUUUUCUUCGGCGCCCGCGGUGAGCGGCAGGAAAGGGCCGCAGGCUCCGGAAGGUUCAAUAAGGAGAAGAGGCAGGACAGCACAGUUUGUAAGAUCAGCUGUGCCUCCCAGGACAGAGAGGAUGGCUGUGGAUCAGGACUGGAGCAGUGUGUACCCAACAGCAGCUGCCUUCAAACCUGCCUCAGUGCCUCUCCCAAUCCGAAUGGGUUACCCAGUGAAGAGAGGAGUGCCUCCACCAAAAGAAGGCAACCUAGAACUUAUCAAGAUUCCCAAUUUUUUGCAUCUUACUCCUCCUGCAAUUAAGAAGCACUGUGCAGCUCUUAAAGAUUUCUGCACUGAAUGGCCAAGUGCUCUGGACAGUGAUGAGAAAUGUGAACAGCAUUUUCCCGUUGAAAUUGAAACAGUAGAUUAUGUUUCUUCAGGGACUUCUAUUCGGAAUCCCAAAGCAAGAGUGGUGACCUUAAGAGUUAAACUUUCUAACCUGAAUUUGGAUGACCAUGCAAAGAAGAAGUUUAUUAAGCUCGUGGGAGAGCGGUACUGUCAGGAGACAGAUGUGCUCACAAUUACAACAGAUAGGUGUCCCCUAAGAAGACAGAACUAUGAUUAUAGCAUGCACCUGCUCACAGUUCUCUACCACGAAUCCUGGAAAACUGAGAAGUGGGAGAGCGAGAAGUCUGAGGAAGACAUGGAAGAGUAUAUCUGGGAAAACAGUCGUUCUCAGAAAAAUGCCUUGGACACAUUGCUUCGAAUAAAAGCCUCAGAGAAUGUCAGCAAUGUCACUAAGGAGGAGCUGCUGGCAUCUGAAGUGGUUAAGAAUUACAGAAACUCGGUCAUUGCGCUUAAAAAUGAAGGUGAAACAGAAAGUAACAUGUCUCAGUACAAAGAAUCUGUGAAGAAACUGCUGAAUAUACAAGCAUGAGAGCAGAGUCUGCAGGUGCACCUGAUCAUUACAAAUACAUUCAGCUACUGUGUUAGUAUUUCUUAAUGAUAUGGAUGGAUAAAUAUUCAGAACCUGAACCAAAAAAUGAAACUUGACCCUGAGUUAAGU